AUGGAUGCUCAUACUGGAAAUUGGAACCAUGAAAAUGAAGAUCAAAAUCCCGGGAAGGAUUUGGGUAAUGUCAAUGAUCCCAAUAACCCGGUGAAUGAAGUUGUGAAGAAAAAAAGAAGAGUUAUGGGCGAUCAAGAACCAGAUGUCAAUAAUCAUAUUUAUGAGGAACAUUAUUUGGCUAGUGAUGAUGACAAUAGAAUUGAAGAUUUCGAUUUUCCUGAUAAUGAUACACUAUAUGAUGGCAUUCUAUAUUUUAACAAACAAGAUGCAAAUCAUGCAGAAGACGAAAAUCACUUCGUUGAUGAAGAUACAGAGGUAAAUAUUGAUUUCAGUGAAGGACAACCACAUGUUACACAUGAUUACGUUUCUCCUGGUGGAACCUUGUAUUGGACCCCUAUAGUUUCAGACGAUAUCAAACCAAAAGUUACAUCAAAAUUUAAUUCAUAUGGUGAAGCAGUAACAAUGUAUAGAAACUAUGCAUUAGAAUGUGGUUUUGAUGUUAGACUUGGAAGAGUACAAAAAAAGAAAAAUGGGAUUAUUACGAAUAGACAUCUUGUAUGCAAUCGGGAAGGUAAUCCAAAUACUAGUAAAGUAGAUACUCUGGACAUUGAGCAUAAAAAGACUCAAAGAAGGAAAGAUUUAUUUAGGAGGAAUUGUAAAACGAAAGUUGUUUUAGAAAUAAUUCCCGAUACUCUUAAAUAUGUCGUGAGUGAUUUUGUCGAGCAACAUAAUCACGAGUUGUUUAGCAAGAGCAAUAUGUACUUAUCUCGUUCAAAGAGAAAACUUGAUUAUUCCCAGGAAAUUUUCAUUCAUAAUUUGUCAAAACAUAGACUGUAUAGUGCUAUUCAGGUCGGUCCUUCUGUUCGAGGUGGAUUGGUUUCUGAUUUCAACAAUGCUAGGAGAAAUCUUAAUUGUUACAUAGGUGGGAGGGACGCGAAAUUCCUUGUUGACAAGAUGAAUGACAGGAAGAAAAAUGUCCCAUCAUUUACUUUUGAGUAUAAAGUGUUGAACAAAAGAUUGAAUGCUUUAUUCUGGGCUGACGAAACAGCAAAGCAUAACUACAAUUCUUUCGGAGACGUUCUAUCACUCGACGCCACAUUCAGUAUGAAUAAGUAUGAUAUGGUUUUUGUUCCAUUCACCGGCAUCGAUAACCACAAAAAGUGUGUAACAUUUGGUGCUGGUCUUUUAAGUAAAGAAGAUGGAGUUUCUUAUGAAUGGUUGCUUAGGGCUUUUUUGAAAGCUUUUAGAAAACAACCUCAAUUGGUUAUAUCUGACCAAGAUCCAGCUUUGAAAAAAGCUAUAGAUAAGGUUUUCCCGUUUGCACAUCAUAGGUUAUGUAUGUGGCAUAUAACAAAGAAGUUGCUAAAUAAGAUUUUAUCAAUUGAAGAUGCAGCGACCAAUCAAAAAUUUCGAAAACGUUUUCACUCUAUAAUUUGGAAUUCUAAGCUGGAACCACAUGAAUUCGAGAAUAAUUGGUCAUUUCAAACCACCACAUUAACCGAUUCGUAUCUUAUCAUGUUUAUGACGACAUUUGAAUCAGUCAUGGAACGACAAAUACAUAACCAAAUUCUAAAUGAUUUGAAUACUGCCACCACUUUUCCUAAAUUCAUUACCCGUAGUCCGAAUGAACCUCAUGCUUCAAAUGUAUACAUGCGCAAGAUUUUUUAUCAGGUUCAGAAAGAGAUAUCAAGAGCUGAAGAUAAUUUUAUUGUUUUGGAGAAAAAAAACAACAUAUGCACUAGGCAAACAAAUGAUCUCGAUGUGGAUGAAAAAGAUGAGGAAUACAAUUACGAUUGUCUUAUAAGGGAUACUGAAUACACGGUCACACACUCAACCAUAGAUGGUUCAUUCAGAUGUACUUGUAUGCAUUUUGAACAUGUAGGGAUCUUAUGUAGAUACAUAUACUGUGUGUUUAAGUUUUAUGGCAUUGAACAAAUUCCUGAAAAGUACAUUUUGAAACGUUGGCACAGGGAUGUUAUUCCAACAGAAUUACUGAAAAGACGCUUCAAUAGUUCUUUUGACGAUUCUAAUUCCGACAUGACUGCUAUUGAUAUUUUUUCAACCAUUGACCGUUGUGUGUCUUUUUUAAGCCAUGAUGCAGCUAAGUUAAAGUUAUACCUUGACGAGUAG